CACUCUCGUCGCCGGCCCUCUGUAGUCACCUAUUUCGCGAUAACUCGUUCCUGCUCCCCCAGCGAAUGCGACCGCGUUAUCCAUAGUCGUUAUAUCAACGGAGCCGAAUCCGCUCUGCUGCGAAACGCAACGACACCCUCCCCUCCUCCACCUCCUACCGAGCCAGCAACCCCAAAUCGGGGUCAUUGCACCUUUGUAGAGCCGCGCUACGGUCUCUAAUAUCUUCUGUUUGACAACUUUGCAAGCGCCUAGGUUUAUUCGGAUGUGUGGCGUGCCAUGAUUGUCAUGGUGGAGUAGUAACAAUCGGAACAUCGCUUAGCGUCCCUCUCGUCUUCAACACCUCCUCUUCUCCAACCUCUCAUCUCCCGACAACGCUGGCUCGGCCACUCGCACCCAACCAUGUCCGACAGCGAAUCCGAGCAAAAGUCGGCUCGGCUUAAGUCAGAGCCGCGCGACAUGAAGCUCGAAGAAGGAGGUCUGGCGGAGGUCCGAGAUGAGGGUGCCGACACAAUCCAGGUGAAGGUAAAAGACCACCGGCCGGGUCGUACACUCACUCCCGUAACGAUACCCCACAAGCCAAAAUCUCGAUCAGCAAGCCAGUCGCCCGUCAAACAAGACAGUCCGAGCUCGUCUGCCUCCGGAAAGGUGGAGCUGGAAGAGGUGGUCGGCGGAGACAUUACGCUGAAGAUGGAACCUGGCAAAGCGCCCAGGCUCUCUCGCACUGCGUCCCAGAAGGUCGUAUCCAGACCGCCGCCUCUCUUUCUCGACCUGCCCGAUGCCACCGAAACAGCAAAGACAACGUUUAAGAUCCUCCCUGAAUGCACAUAUGGAAACAAGACGCUUGGCACGACAGAACAUGCGCUGGAGUGUGAUUGCGCAGAGGAGUGGGGUAGGUUCAUAUACUCUGUUGAAAAGCUCAAUCGUGCUUGUGGCGAUGAUUCCGACUGCAUCAACCGUGCGACGAAAAUGGAAUGUGUGGGCGACUGCUCGUGCGGGUCCGCGUGCCAGAAUCAACGCUUUCAACGGAAGCAAUAUGCCGAUGUCACAGUUAUUAAAACAGAUAAGAAAGGCUAUGGUCUUCGCGCGAAUGCUGAUAUGAAGCCGGGUGAUUUCGUUUUCGAGUAUAUCGGCGAGGUGAUUAACGAAGCUAACUUCCGCCGGCGCAUGAUUCAGUAUGAUGAAGAGGGGAUCAAGCAUUUCUACUUCAUGUCGCUCACCAAAGGCGAAUUCGUCGAUGCAACAAAAAAGGGCAAUCUCGGGCGGUUCUGCAAUCAUUCUUGUAAUCCAAAUUGUUAUGUGGACAAGUGGGUGGUUGGGGACAAGCUGCGCAUGGGCAUUUUCGCCGAGCGGAAAAUCAGAGCAGGCGAAGAGUUGGUCUUCAACUACAACGUCGACCGAUAUGGUGCAGAUCCGCAGCCAUGUUACUGCGACGAGCCGAACUGCACAGGUUUCAUCGGUGGCAAAACGCAGACAGAGCGUGCCACUAAACUAUCUCAUGCUACUAUUGAGGCCCUCGGAAUUGAUGAUGGCGAAGGGUGGGAUACUGCGGUAGCGAAGAAGCCUCGAAAGAAGAAGGCUAACGAAGAUGAUGAGGAGUAUGUCAACGAGAUCCAGCCCAGGUCUCUAGAAGAAGAUGGUGUCACCAAGGUCAUGGGCGCCCUUAACCAGUGCAAGGAGAAGUGGAUUGCCGUUAAACUCCUCAGCCGGAUCCAGCGAAGCGAAGACGAAGCGGUUGGCCAUCGCGUUCUCCGAAUGCAUGGCUACAAUAUCCUCGGGAAAACUAUUACCGCAUGGAAAGACGAUUUCAACGUCGUGUCGCAGGUCCUCGACAUCCUCCACAAGUUACCCCGCGUGACCCGAAAUAAGAUUCAUGACUCUGGAAUUGAGGCUACGAUUAAGGACUUGACAACAUGUGGCGAUGAACGCGUCGAGGUUGAAGCUACUAGGUUGCUUGAAGCUUGGAGCAAGCUUACGAUGGGCUAUCGCAUUCCAAGAGUGAAAAGAGACCCCAAUGCUGCCACUCCAGUUCGCGUAGAUACCCAUUUUGAGCGACGCGAAAAGGCGCGAGAGCGAUCGAGGUCACGGUCAAAGUCGCCCGCCAUAGAUGCUCCAAAAGGCCCCUCUGCAGCCCCCUCUGGCCCCCGCUUCAAUUCUCAAAAGAACUUCCUCAACGGACCCCGCGCUCCCCCUCACCGGCCCCGCCAAUUCCACCCACUCCCUCCAGGUUGGUCAGAAGCUAGACACCCAGACACAGGUGCUCUUUACUAUUACAACGGCUCCGGCCACACACAAUGGCAGCGUCCAACUUUGCCGGCCCAACAACCACCCCCACCUCCACCAAAGGCCAAGAGUGAUGCGCAAAGGUUGCAGGACAUCAUCAGUAGCAUCACCAAGAAUGCUACUCCCACAGGGCCGACAUCGGCAAUUGGAACUCCACAGCGUGCUACGGAGGCCCCGAAGAUAGAGAAGAAGUCAAAAAGUGACAAAUGGAAGGAUGUGCCACAAGAGAAGAAAGAAAAGUACUAUGAGAAUGUUGUAAGUGUAUGGCAUGUCAAUCUGACAAUUCUUGGUUCUAAUAGUCAUAGCUCGCCCCUCACAUUAAGGAAGUGGUAUUCUCAUCAAAAUACCGCGACAAGUUCGAGAAGGACGAUCUGAAGAGACUAGCAAAAGAAGUAUGAGAAAUGGUGCGACCGAAUUAGUACAGCUAGCUGACAACCUAUGUUAGGUCGGCAAAAAGCUUGUUCGA